AUUAGACUCUGAGAAAAAACGUUGCAUGUUCAAGGAUAAGCUUCUUGUUUUGUCCUUCUUUGAAAGGAGAGGACGGGUGUGAACAUUUAACCCUGAAAAUUGUAUAGCUUCCUUCUCAAGACUUGAAUUAUCAGAUGAGUUAUCCCAGGUCACCGAUGAAACAUAAAGAAGCCAUAAAAACAUGUUUCAAAUCAAUGUCAAUCGAAAGAGUAGAUUGCACUUGUUUUCAUUGAAAUUAUGCGAAUAACAUUUUUGUCUUGUGGGGUUGCAUCGAGGGUAAAUUGAACUAAGUCCUUCUCUGAUUACGUACACAUCCAGUAGAAAAUCAAGUCUGUUGUCAAAGAGAAACCACAAUUUGUAUACUGUACUAUCCACUCUAUAAUUGAAAUCUAUGUACCCAUGUCUAUGAAUAUGGAUCCAUUGUUUUGAAAGUUGGCAUCAAAAUGUGUAAUGCAAAGUUAAGGAAGCUUAUUCUUCACUGGUCAAGAAGAAGAAAUCCUCAGUUAGACUUCCGAAAGGGAAUUCCCCCGUGACACGCAUUAUGUUUAUGUGUGUAUCACAUGAUUAUGGUUGUGAUACCGCAUACUAAUAUUGCUCUCUCACCUUUCUCCCAAACAGCACAUCUCAUUUCUGUCAUCCGAUGAAUAUACCAGGGGUACAGUGUAAAAAAUAAAGAGUCUGCGGACAUGGUUAUGAGCACGCUGGCUUUUAGAAACUUAGCAGGAUUCAAAUUUUAAAAGUCGAAUCAUUGUAACGAAAGAAGGAUGAAUGCGUACCCAGUUUUGUAGGAAUUUGUAUAAUUGCAGAUGUUAUAAGUGUCAUGUUUGUCAGCAACUUUAAAUGGGGGCAAGUCUGCUUUACGACUGUGAUGAUAAACUUGUAACUCUACUAUUGACUUUAAUUUACAUUAUUAAUUCUCUGAAUACAUCCACCGUGUCCACCAAUGAAAAGCAGCAAGUGCACUUGUACUGUCUUUUUAGAAACUUGUUUUACUACAUUCAAAUGAAAUGAUAGAAUUUGUGAAUUAUGAGUAGUAGUCUCCUAAAGAUACCCUGUAUUUAUUAAAAAUUAUCUGAACUUGUGUUACGGUUAGAGACUCGACAAGCCUGUGGCAAUUGUAGCUAUGUUUAUGAUCGAUAGGCUCGGUGUAUGUAUACGUAGUGGAUAAGACGUAGCUAAGCUACCGUGUGUACUAAUGACUUACAAAAGAUUGAUUUCAUUUAGCCUGUCAUCGCCGUUGCGAAGCCAUCGGAGGGUGAAAGAGCACGAGGCCUGACGCCAGAGCGGCAAGACACCAGACCCGAGCCUCGCCACCUACGCCGAGAUCAGAAAACAGCAGAUGAUGAGCAAAGAAGAGGCUGCUUACAAACAUCAGAUACAGGAGAAAAGCAAGGCAGGUGAACUCUUCAUCCACAAAGAAGUCGAGAAACCUAAACCAGCUAAGAGAAGCAGAUGGGACAUGGCAAGGGGAGGUGGUGAGGGUGCAGAGACUCCUAGCACCACACCAGGCAUUGCACCAAGGAAGAAAGCUAGUACAUGGGACCAAGCUGAGUCUAUGACUCCAUCCAUCAGUCGUUGGGACGAGACCCCCGGUAGACACAAGGGAGGGGAAACUCCAGGAGCCGCUACACCUGGAGCCGCCACACCUGGUGCCACGCCCUCUGCCAGCACCCGUAUUUGGGAGGCCACACCCGGCCAUGUCACUCCCGGUCACGUCACUCCGGGGCAUGCUACACCGGGCCAUGUCACGCCCGGUCAUGCAACCCCCGGUAGGGCCACACCCAGUGCAAGGAGAAACAGAUGGGAUGAAACUCCAAGGACAGAAAGAGAAACCCCUGGCCAUGGUAGUGGCUGGGCCGAGACACCACGUACAGACCGUGGAGGUGAGGGUGCCCCGUCUGAGACACCCACCCCAGCCAGCAAGCGCCGCUCACGAUGGGACGAGACCCCGGCCGGUAGCGGGACACCGUCGGCUACCCCUAUGAUGCAGAAUGGGAUCACCCCUGUAGGCUCCAAGGCAGCCAUCAUGAACACACCAACACCGUCAGCUCUCCGCAUCAUGACUCCCGAGCAGUUGCAAGCUUGGCGUUGGGAGAAGGAGAUUGACGAGAGGAACCGACCUCUCUCUGACGAUGAACUUGAUACGCUCUUCCCUGAAGGAUACAAAGUAUUGACCCCGCCCGCUGGUUACGUACCCAUCCGCACUCCCGCCCGUAAGCUGACGGCGACGCCCACCCCCAUGGGUGGCCUGAGCGGGUUCAGCAUGCAGCAGGACGGAGGUCUUGUGGAUGCAGGGUUGGCCCAACCACCCGGUAACCUACCCGUCCUCAAACCAGAUGAUACGCAGUACUUUGGCAAGCUACUGAAUGAUGUUGAUGAGAGCACCCUUAGCCCUGAAGAAGCCAAGGAAAGACGCAUCAUGAAGCUCCUCCUUAAGAUCAAGAACGGCACCCCACCCAUGAGGAAGGCUGCCCUUAGACAGAUCACAGACAAGGCCAGGGACUUUGGCGCCGGACCUCUCUUCAACCAGAUCCUACCUCUCCUCAUGUCACCGACCCUGGAGGACCAAGAGCGCCAUCUGUUGGUGAAGGUCAUUGAUCGUAUCCUCUACAAGCUGGAUGACCUCGUCAGGCCCUAUGUUCACAAGAUCCUUGUUGUGAUUGAGCCCCUGCUGAUCGACGAGGACUACUACGCCCGCGUUGAAGGUCGUGAGAUCAUCUCCAACCUGGCCAAGGCCGCUGGUCUGGCCACCAUGAUCUCUACCAUGCGUCCCGACAUUGACAACCUGGACGAGUACGUCCGUAACACCACGGCCCGUGCCUUCGCCGUCGUCGCAUCUGCUCUGGGUAUUCCCUCCCUGCUGCCUUUCCUCAAGGCUGUGUGCCGCAGCAAGAAGUCCUGGCAGGCUCGUCAUACCGGUAUUAAGAUCGUCCAGCAGAUCGCUAUCCUGAUGGGAUGUGCUAUCUUGCCUCAUCUGAGGAACUUGGUGGAAAUCAUCGAGCAUGGUUUGGUUGAUGAGCAGCAGAAGGUGCGUACUAUCACUGCCCUGGCCCUGGCAGCCUUGGCUGAGGCAGCUACACCCUACGGUAUCGAGUCCUUUGACAGUGUCCUCAAGCCUCUCUGGAAGGGUAUCAGGCAACACAGAGGAAAGGGUCUUGCCGCUUUCCUAAAAGCCAUUGGCUACUUGAUCCCGUUGAUGGACCCUGAGUAUGCUAACUACUACACCAAGGAAGUGAUGUUGAUCCUCAUCCGUGAGUUCCAGUCUCCUGAUGAAGAAAUGAAGAAGAUUGUCUUGAAGGUUGUGAAGCAGUGUUGUGCAACUGAUGGUGUAGAGGAGGAUUACAUCAGAGAUGAAGUCCUGCCGUCUUUCUUCAAGCAUUUCUGGCAGCACAGAAUGGCCCUCGAUAGGCGCAACUACAGACAGCUUGUGGACACCACAGUCGAGAUCGCCAACAAGGUCGGAGCAUCCGAGAUCAUCGUCAGGGUGGUCGACGACCUCAAGGAUGAAGCGGAACAGUACAGGAAGAUGGUGAUGGAGACCAUUGAGAAGGUGAUGGAUAACCUGGGUGCAUCGGACAUCGAUUCCAGGCUGGAGGAGCAGCUCAUUGACGGUAUCCUGUAUGCCUUCCAAGAACAAACCACAGAGGAUUCUGUAAUGCUGAAUGGCUUUGGUACCAUCGUAAAUGCCCUUGGCAAGCGAGUGAAGGCCUACCUGCCUCAGAUCUGUGGUACUAUCCUGUGGCGUCUCAAUAACAAGGCAGCCAAGGUCAGACAGCAGGCUGCUGACCUCAUCUCAAGGAUCGCUAUCGUCAUGAGAACUUGUCAAGAGGAGAAGCUGAUGGGUCAUUUGGGUGUGGUACUGUAUGAAUACCUGGGAGAAGAAUACCCUGAGGUUCUGGGUAGCAUCCUGGGAGCUCUGAAGGGCAUUGUCAAUGUCAUCGGUAUGCACAAGAUGACCCCUCCCAUCAAAGAUCUUCUGCCUCGUCUUACACCAAUCCUCAAGAAUAGGCAUGAGAAGGUACAAGAGAACUGCAUAGACCUUGUAGGACGUAUCGCAGACCGUGGAGCUGAGUAUGUGUCGGCCAGAGAGUGGAUGAGGAUAUGUUUUGAGCUGCUAGAUCUUCUCAAAGCUCAUAAGAAGUCCAUCCGGAGAGCUACAGUCAAUACCUUUGGAUACAUCGCCAAGGCCAUUGGACCUCAUGAUGUGUUGGCCACCCUGCUCAACAACCUCAAGGUCCAGGAGCGUCAGAACCGUGUCUGUACCACCGUAGCUAUCGCCAUCGUAGCCGAGACCUGCUCACCGUUCACUGUCCUCCCAGCACUCAUGAACGAGUACAGGGUGCCGGAGCUCAAUGUACAGAAUGGUGUACUCAAGUCACUGUCUUUCCUCUUUGAGUAUAUCGGUGAGAUGGGCAAGGAUUAUAUCUAUGCUGUCACGCCGCUGCUUGAAGAUGCACUCAUGGAUAGGGAUCUUGUCCAUCGACAGACGGCCUGUGCAGCCAUCAAGCACAUGUCACUCGGAGUCUUUGGCUUCGGGUGUGAGGAUGCCCUCAUACAUCUCCUUAACUUCGUCUGGCCGAACAUCUUUGAGACGUCGCCUCACGUCAUCCAGGCCGUCAUGGAGGCCAUCGAAGGCCUCAGGGUUGGGGUCGGGUCCAUCAAGAUGCUGCAGUAUGCAUUACAGGGCCUGUUCCAUCCAGCGCGUAAGGUACGAGACACGUACUGGAGGAUAUACAACACACUCUACAUCGGUGCGCAAGACUCACUGGUCGCUGGCUUCCCCAGAGUACCCAAUGAUGAGAAGAACCAGUACCUUCGCUAUGAACUAGAUUAUGUGCUUUGAGAAGA